AUGCAUGCCAGGCAUCUGCUGUUGGUGAUGUAUCUCACCCUGCCCGGGGUCGCUGGGGAGAACGUGUUGAUCUGGCCGACAGAAGGAAGCCACUGGAUUAACUUGAAGUACAUAAUUGCCGGGUUGAUGGCGAGGGGCCACGAUGUCACAGUGGCCACGAUGUCACAGUGGUUUGUAAACAACUCCGAGUCCUCGGCCAUGAAGUUGGAAGUGUUCCAAGUGCCGUUUACACACGAGACCACGGAAGCCUUUUUGAACAACUGGCUGGACGUCUCCCUUUACCAGGCACCGGACUUGUCCUUUUGGGGCAGGUACAGGGUGUUUUCGGCGCUGAUGGCCAAGGGGAGGGAGCUGGGCAUGCAGGUGUGCGACGGGAUACUGAAGAACGAGGAGCUGGUGCAGAGACUACGGGAGGCCAAGUUCAAGGUCCUGCUCUCUGACCCAGUGCAGGUGUGCGGGGAUCUCCUGGCUUUGAAGCUUGGGGUUCCCCUCGUCUUCACCCUGCGGUUCUCCCCGGGCUUUACGUUGGAGAGACACUGUGGACAGAUGCCAACCCCGCCCUCCUAUGUCCCAGUCAUUCUGUCAGAGUUGUCCGACAAGAUGUCCUUCGUCGAGAGGUCUCAGAAUGUGCUCUACUCCUUCAUGUACGACUGGGUGUUCCUGCGGUCCUGGGGAGAUUGGGAUGCUUAUUACAGCGAGGCUUCAGGUAGGUGGUUUGGCUCAUUCCGCUGUGCGGGCAGCACACGUUUGGUUUUCAUUUUUAAUUUAGUUUAG